CAUUGGGUUUAUAAGCAACACAAAUCAUUCUUACCAGAAUUCAAGCUCAAUUUUUUUCUUCUAUUACUUCUUUGAGAUCAUUUGGUGUGUGUAGAAACAAAACAAUAAUGGGUUUUCGCUUACCUGGUAUUAGACGAUCAUCAUGUAGCAAACAAAUGGAAGUGCCAAAAGGCUAUCUUGCAGUGUAUGUUGGAGAGAAAAUGAAGAGGUUCUUGAUUCCAGUAUCAUUCUUGAAUGAGCCUUUAUUUCAAGAAUUGCUAAGCCAAUCUGAAGAGGAAUUCGGUUACAGUCAUCCAAUGGGUGGUCUUACAAUUCCCUGCAAUGAAGAUGUCUUCUUACAUACAGCUUCUCGCUUGAACAACUUGUAACUUGUUCAUACUGCAAAAUAGUCAAAUGAAUGAUAACAUAAGCAUAGCACAGUAGGAUAGACUAGUUGAGACAACUUUUGUACAUGAGGAAUUUCUUUGUCAAUUUUGCUGUUCCUUCUUAAGUGGGAAUUUGAAAUGAGAAUUUAUCAAACUCUAUUCUUUUGAA